CUUACACUUGGGCCGUCAUUCCCCUAAAUAAAAAAACACUUGGGCCGUCGUCACUCUUCCGGCCGUCGCCACUCGUUCCUUCUCCUCCCUUCCCCAAUCCCCCACUCGGCACCGCGAGACCGAACCCAUUCGCCAUCUCGCCGCCGGUGAAGUCGCCAUGGCCGACCACGCCGCAGACGAGGAGGAGCCGCCCGUCCUGCUCGACCGCGCGGCGCGUGCCACCCGAGGAAAGAGAAUAACCAAGCUCAUCGAGGAGGAGGUCGAGCUUGAUGAGGCCUUCUGGGGCCAAGAAGCCCUCAAGGAGGACGAGGAGGAUGAUAACUAUCAGGAGGAGCAGGAUGCUGGUGAUGUAUUCGACAGUGAUUUCGAUGAAGAUGAACCUCAACCUGACGACGACCCAGGGAAGGAAGUGAGUGAGAGAUUACCUAUUAAGAAGCGGCUAUUUUUCCCUGGGAAGACCAUGAAAAAAAUGAAAGCCAAGAAGAAGAAAAAGAAGAAUAAGGUCAUCAAACUAGAGGAUGAUGAAGGUAUAGAUGACAAGACUACUGAUAAGACAACUUCAUCCAAACAAUCAGAUGUUCCUGAUGAAUGGGAAUCGGAGAAAACGAUCAGGAAAUCAACCAGAACAUCUGUCAUUGUGAGACAAGCUGAACGAGAAGCAAUACGUGCUGAAAAGCAAGCAACUGCUAAGCCAAUUAAGAAGAGAAAAGAGGGAGAAGAAAAACGUAUGACACAAGAAGAGAUGCUCUUGGAAGCAGCUGAAACUGAGAUCAUGAACAUGAGAAAUCUUGAACGUGUACUGGCGAGAGAGGAGGAGGUGAAGAAAAAAGCUGUUGUUCAGAAAGCUGUCUAUGAGGGUCCUACACUUCGAUUUCACUCGAGAGAUGGGGAAUCACGUCUGGAAUUCAUUAAUGGGGCAUCAUUUGGUUCUGAACUUUGUACGACUUCAACUCCUUAUCCGGAGAAAUCUGUUUGCGUUGUAACAGGACUUCCUGCCAAAUACCGUGAUCCAAAGACAGGAUUACCUUAUGCGACAAUGGCAGCGUUUAAGAUCAUCCGGGAGAGUUUCCUGAAAGAGGAGCCGGAUAAGAAGAGGCCCAACAUGUCAAAUAUGGGAGAACUCUUUGAAUCAGUAGCCGGCGAACAUUCUACGCCUAAGAAGAAAAGAAUCGAGUCAAGAUCGCCAAUAUCAGGAGACCUAAGGCACGGCGGACGCUUCAGACGAAUACCUGCUCUUGAUGUCAUGGACGAGGACUGACAAGAGAUCUUCUCUGACAGUGUGGUUGCAUACGAUGCCAUGUGUUAGCAUGAGGACUUGCCAGAGAUCUCUGGUGGCGUGGUUGCAUACGAUGCCAUGUUAGCAUUAGAAACAGUAGAGUGACACACUAUGUUCCUGAUGCCGCCGCUUGUGCAAUGGCAUGUUGUAAACGAACUGCUGUCAGUUGGUGGCUUCUUGUGUUAGGUGUGCUGGAAUGGUGGUCGUAGGGAUUGUUCAACAUAGCCUCAGCAUUGCACCCUGACAUCUAGUCACGUUCCGUGUCAUUUUGACAUGGAACUUGGCUUUUCACUCACAAUAAUUUGUUGUGCAAUGUGGUUUUUGUUGACGACAUUUGAUACGUA